AUGAGCUCAGUUUGCAUAUCAAACUGUGUCGAUGAUACACGAGACCCACGGGUGCCCGUCCGAGCCAAUUAUGUGAACCUCUACAAGUGGCCAGAAUCUGAUGCCGAGUUCAUAAAAUCUGUCCGCCGGGUAGCUGGUCAUGGCUUGCAUGGCCACCCAAGAGUGGUGGACAGUAUCUCCUGCAGGCAGUUGUAUCUGAGGAGCUACACGUUUUCAAGAAAAGAGAGUAUGCCAGAGAAGACCAAGAAGUGCUUUGGUAGAGUGAAGGAAAAGGUGGCCAAUCAUGGAAAGAAGAGAAAGGAUCAUCAAAGUAAGGGUGGUCGUAAAAGGAAGUGUUUGGUGUUUAGGAAAGUGAAGGAAAUAUCUUGCAGCGCCUUGUUUAGGAUCUUUCACAAGUUGCUGUCUUGUACUGCUACUGUAGAUGUUGUGGAUCAGAAAGAUUAA